ACCUAUAACACACUAAUUAUUUAACAAAAAUUUUAAAAACCAAGAAAAACUAUGAUUUGAGUGAAAUUUGGUGACAUGGCAUGGCAAAGUAAGACAUUGCCAUGCAUUCUGAAUGCUUAAGGGCUUGAGGGAAUUCUUCGUAUUUGGUGCUAGAAAACCAGGCCCAUACGACGCCGUUAUAAUGAUUUCUUGUGAUACAAUGUUUGAUUGAUUGGUCUAGUCUUCUGUUCUUUCGUCUUCAUCCUCCGCCUAGCAAACCCUAGCCAGGGGAGCAUCCACCAGCCAUGGCGAUCCGGCAGCUCCUGAACCUAGCCCGCCGAUCCCGGAAGGGCAUCCCUUCCCGAUCAGGAAACCAUUUCUCCACAUCAUCUGUGGCGGUUGCCGCCACCGGAACGGAAGCCCUGUCGCCCUCGGCGCCACCUCCAACCGCCAUGAUCUACGACCGCCUAGCAGAGUCUGUCAAGCACAAACUCCAUCGUCUCGAGAACCCCGACUCGCGGUUUCUCCAAUACAAUUCCCCUCACCCUGUGUUGAUGGACCACACUCCAAUCCUUGCCGCCCCUGUUACCCGCGUCACCACUCUGCCGAACGGUCUGAGAGUCGCCACCGAGUCCAAUCUCGCCGCCAGAACAGCCUCCGUCGGCGUGUUCAUUGGUUCUGGCUCUAGGUUCGAAACCGAGGAGACGAAUGGCACGGCUCAUUUCCUUGAGCACAUGAUAUUCAAGGGCACAGAAAGACGUACUGCCAGGGAAUUAGAGGAAGAGAUCGAGAAUAUGGGGGGGCAUCUCAAUGCAUACACUUCUAGAGAGCAAACCACUUUCUAUGCCAAGGUCUUGGAUAGGGAUAUCCACAGAGCUUUGGAUAUUUUAGCUGAUAUCAUUCAAAAUUCCAAGUUUGAUGAGAAACGAAUUGAUAGGGAACGAGAUGUCAUUCUCAGAGAGAUGGAAGAGGUAGAGAGUCAGACAGAAGAGGUUAUUUUUGACCAUCUACAUGCAACUGCUUUCCAGUACAGUCCUCUAGGUAGAACAAUUCUGGGACCUGCUGGGAAUAUUAAGACAAUCACCAAAUCACAUCUUAAAGACUACAUUAUGACACACUACACUGCCCCCAGAAUGGUGAUUGUUGCAUCUGGUCCUGUUAAACAUGAAGACUUUGUUGGUGAAGUUCAGAAAAUGUUUACAAAUCUGUCAACAAAUCCAACUACUGCUUCAGAGUUAAUUGCUAAAGGACCUUCAGUAUUUACAGGUUCAGAGGGUAACCGGGUUAAACGACAACGAAAGCUUCCACGUAGGACCUGUCUAGGGCUAAGGUAACGAGACUACCAAUACGUCUGGUACAACCCUAGUACCUUAUUUUUACGUCCACCGCCCUUUGUGUACCCCAAUCAUAAAACUUAAAGUAUAAC